CUUCCCUGCACCAGCACCGACCUCGAGCACGCCUUCUUCCCCGCCCAAACCCACCUGAGCCACUCGCGCCUCCCCGCCGCGACCCCGCUCCAUGCCCCAUACGUCUCUGCAGCUCCGAAUCUCCCCACGCGCCUCUCACGCGGAUCCUACAACGACGAAUGGCCGUGCAACACCCCGCGGCGCGCCGCCCCCGCAUUGCCUGUCGCCCCAUGUCGCAACUCAUGAUACUCAUCAAUUGAGCGGUGUCCACGGACGCGGGGAAUGGCUUCGCAUGACCUGCAUGACCGCACACGCGCGAACGUGGGUCGCCCAGCCCGUACAGCUCUCCGACCGCACCCCGUUUCGCAUUCUCAUGCCCGCGCCCGCCGCUGGCUGCGUGUGCUGUCAUCUGACCGUCGCUCGCAGAGUCGCAGCUGCCCCCCAGGCCCGCGUUCUCCCAGCCAUGCCAACCAGAGAACUGCCAGUGCCGUGCUCCGGGCGCGCGAGCGCUGUGCGGCAUCCCAUCGCAUGAUUCGUUCCUAGCCCUUCCUUCCGUGCCGCGAUGCAGUCCGCUUCCCUUGUCUGUCGCGCUUGGGCCGUCCUCGAGCUUGGGUGCCUUCGAGCUAAUCUCGUGCCCCGCAGUGUUCAGCUCGUGACCUUCCUUCCCCACACCAGCCCGCCCUGUCUAUCCGCGACGCUCGGGGCUUCUCCGACAAUUGAUUUGGUGUGGUCCUCCGUUCCCUAAGGCGACAGGCGAACGCCACGGUCCCGCUUCGCUUCCAAUCCACACGAAGACCCAGCCAUCUGAAGCUCCGGCCUGCGCAGCACUGCAGACACACUGCCCUGUUGGUGCCGGGCGUUCCACUCCCUCCGAGACCCAAGUUCCGCGUGUCCCUUCCCCCUCGAAUGCCUCAGAUCGCCCGCGUCCCUGAUCACAUGGAUCUCACGCCUCCCUCAUCGACGUCUCCCGCCGGAGGCGGAUCUGGCGGAUCUCUUGGUCUGCACACUAUGCCAUCCGGAUCCCGCGGUGGAGCUCGCGCGUCCGUCCUCGAUCACACACACACCCGUUCGCGUUCGUGGGCGCACUUCCCGCACCACGGACCGUCGGCCGUGGUACGUCUUCCUAGUAGACGAGACUCUCACAGGAGUUCCCGAUCGUUCUGGCGUUGCAUAGGGAUCGGGCGGGUCGUCUCUGACCCCGAUGUCUCAUCGUGAUAAUUCACAUGGAAGACAUAGGUGCUCAGCGGUGACACGCUGUGUUAUCUGUUCAUGAGAGGUCCACUAUACUACACAGCGAACCGUACGAGCGUACUUAGCAGGGGUACAGUGUCUGCAACCAGGCAGUCUCCGCCGUGGCUAUGCAGACUCCUCGUCAACGAUCGCUCGCCCGCUGCGCUGUAGCUAUCGCAAGAGGUACGACCGUAGGGGUUCGCCGACCUCAUUUCCAUCUUUAAUGCGACUUGCUAUACUAUGCGCCCUUGAACGGUGAUACCGAAGGCAGUCGUCAUGUCUUGCGCUCCGCUCGCGAGCGCCAGAUAUUACAAUGGUCAGGCACAUGGAAUUCAGCCGAG